ACUGCCCGAUACAACCACCCUUCAUACUCUCUGCCCACCCAUCGCCGAGCUAGCUUGAGGCUGCGCUUCGUUGCGCCUACGCUCUCUCAACCGCGGCCUGCACCAUGAAGUUUGGUCAUCAGCUCUCGCAAUCACUCCUGCGAGAGUUCAAGUACCAGUACCUGGACUACGAUGGCCUCAAGCGCGAGAUCAAGAAGCGUCUCAAGGAGAAUGAUGAGAGCUGGACAGAAGAAGCAGAGUCAGCUUUUGUUCAGAUUCUUGAAGGCGAGCUAGAUAAGGUCUUCACCUUUCAAAAGGUCAAGUCGACUGAGAUCAUGAAGCGGAUAGAAGCCUGUGAUCGAGAAGUCAAUGCGACCGUCGCUGCCCUCAACUCUGCCAACCCGCCACCCCAAGAAGCCUUUGAUGCGCUGGAGGAGGAGGUGUCCGACAUUAUUGCAGAUGUACAUGACUUGAGCAAAUUCAACCAGCUCAACUACACAGGCUUCACCAAGAUCAUCAAGAAGCACGACAAGCAGACUGGAUGGCACCUCAAACCCAUUUUUGCUGCGCGUCUCAACGCAAAGCCCUUUUACAACACAAACUACGAUGCGACUGUGGUGCGAGUUUCCAAGAUCUACGACACUGUGCGUACCCGUGGUUCUCCUACAGAAGGUGACUCUGCUGCUGGCGGCAGACAGCAAAACUUUGUUCGACAGACUACCAAAUACUGGGUCCACCCAGACAAUGUCACAGAACUCAAGUUGUACAUCUUGAAGCACUUGCCCGUGCUCGUCUUCAAUGCCAACAAGGAGUUUGAGAUUGAAGAUUCUGCCAUUACGUCCAUCUACUACGACAACAAUGAGCUGGAACUCUACCUUGGCCGUCUGGAAAAGUCUGAGGGAGCCGAAGCGAUGCGUCUGCGUUGGUAUGGCGGAUUGGGCAACAACACCAUCUUCGUUGAGCGGAAAACACAUCGCGAGGACUGGACGGGUGAAAAAUCAGUCAAGGCGCGUUUCCCGAUCAAGGAGAAGAAUGUGAAUGCCUUCAUGAAGGGCGACUUUACAGUCGACGACUUGUUUGCCAAAGCAAGACAGGAGGGCAAAAAGUCAAUCAAGGAAAUUGAAGACCUUGAAAAGCUGGCAACAGAGGCACAGUACACGAUCAUCACCAAGAAGCUGAAACCUGUCGUGCGCUCUUUCUACAACCGAACGGCCUUCCAGCUACCAGGCGACGCGCGUGUGCGUAUCUCGCUCGAUACUGAGCUCUCGAUGGUUCGCGAGGACGACUUUGAUGGCAAGCAACGUGCUGGCGACAAUUGGCGUCGCAUGGACAUCGGCGUGGAUUGGCCCUUCAAGCAGCUCCCGGCAGGCGAGAAGGAGCUCUUCCCUUAUGCUGUGCUCGAAGUCAAGCUGCAGACUGCCAUGGGUCAAGAAGCACCGCAGUGGGUCCGAGACCUCGUCUCUUCGCAUCUCGUCGAAGCUGUCCCGAAGUUCUCGAAAUUCAUUCAUGGUGUUGCGAGUCUUGUGCCAGAAAAGGUCAGCGUUGUGCCAUACUGGUACCCACAGAUGGGCGUCGAUAUUCGCAAACCCGCCACCAAGAACUUUGGCAUUGAACGACCAAGUCACCAGCUGUCCGGCACAACUUCUGACGUCAACACAGAGUCGCAGUCGCAUUCGUCAGACUAUGAUGCAAAUGCUAUGGAUGAGGAAGAGCGUCUUGCCUUUCACGACAAUGAGAUCCGAUCCAGGCUGUACCGGGCGCAAGAAAAUACGGCAGAUGAACAUGAUGAUGAGGAUGAGUAUAUGCCCUUGUUGUAUCGUGGAGCCUUGCGCGACCCAAGCCAAGACGAUAUUUCUCGCAAAAUCAGCCGCAAGCUGCAAAAGUGGCAAGACAAGAUUUUCAAGAAGCAAGUCGAUGGUAGUGAUCAGCAGCGAGCCGACAAGGUCUCGUAUGUGCAGACAUUCACUGCGCCUCCCGGGAAACGCAUUGCUGUUCCUGUGCGCAUUGAACCUAAAACAUACUUUGCCCUUGAGCGCACAUUCCUUUCUUACAUGGAAUUUGCUAUUCUCAUUGGCAGUAUCGCCGGUGCACUUCUCAACUUUGGUAAUGACUGGGUGACCAUCUCUGCUGCAUUUUCUUUCAUGGUCACGUCCGUACUGGUCUUGCUCUACUCGCUCUGCAUGUACAUCUGGCGCUCGUACAACAUCCGACUCAAGCGUGCCGUUCAGUACGACGAUCGCUUCGGACCGACAGCUGCUUGUGUCAUCUUGCUACUGAGCUUCGUUGUAAACAGCGGCCUGCACUUCUUCUACAAGAAGAAGUGAGGGGAUCUCGUAGCGGCGGGUUAGGCCCAAUUCUGUAGUCACUUUACUUUCUGUAUAGUUGACCUCUACCACACACUG